AUUUAGAGCAGGCUCUGUUAUCCCAGUUGAGGAUUUUAAUAGAUCGAUAGGCUCAGGGGCCUCUCUUGGUUGCUAGGGAACAGGGAGGCGUCACAUGGGACAACAACAACUUAUUACUUGGACAAACCACAAUUUAUUUAAGUAGCACUCCGAGGUAGUUUUACAAAGUACACAAAGCUGCCUGUAGGGAUCGUUUAUCAAACAGAAAUUGACAUCGGACCACAUAAGGAGAUUUCAGGACAGCUGACCGAAACCUUUGUUAAAAGACGCCGUUCUGAAUUGUACCUUAAAGGAGAAGAGAGCAUUCCAGAGUUCUGUCGGAGGGUCGGCGCUGAGGGAGCGCCGCGCCGUCGGAAUGAUGACACUGGGAGUUGAUUUGACUUGAAGUUUGUCAAAUCUUUAUCAGCAAAGAGACAAAUCUGGAGAGUUUCAAACCUAUGGUUUACAGUUAACAUCCUCCAAUAUUGCUACAAAAAGGUAUCAAUGGAACUUCAUCACCGCCCAGCCUUUGUUACUCGCGCAGGCACUGCAACAGUUAGGGUGCUGGAUUUUGGGCAGCCAGGUUUAUUAAAUCCCAGUCCGGUUAUGAAAGAUGAAUCUGAGUUUCUAAUUGAAGAAUAUCUUUCUCCAUCAAAAUUGCGAGCCCUGACCAAAACAGAGGACCUACAGCAAGUGAAAGUUCUGGAGAUGUGUGUGGACACACAGGAUAACACUCUUGGAAAUUUCGGUACUCAUUUACCCAGUUUGGUUCAACUGAAGCUGAAUAGCAGUUUUAUUGCAUCGGUAAGGGAUCUUGGUACAUCAUUAACAAAACUGCAGGUGCUCUGGAUGGCUCGCUGUGGCCUCAAAGACUUGGAUGGAAUUCCUUCCUUCUGUUCAUUAAAGGAACUAUAUGUGGCAUAUAACAGUAUUUCAGAUGUCAGCCCCGUGAGCAUGUUGGAACACCUGGAAAUACUAGACCUGGAAGGAAACAACAUUGAUGAUAUUGUGCAGAUCCACUAUGUAGCUCUGUGCAGCAAGCUGAACACACUCACACUGGAGGGGAACCCUUUUUGCUUGCGACAAAACCCAGGGAUCCCAGAGGAUUCAAAUUCAAACUACAGGGAGACGGUUAAAAAGCUGAUCCCGCACUUGAAAUAUUUGGAUGACAUUCCUGUGAGUGAGACCAGCAUUCAGUCUAACUGUACCAUCAAUAAGGAUUGGCUAAUUGUGAAGGAAGCCAUUAAGGAUGGCAUCUCAGCUGAAGAUCUUGAAAAUUUAGAUGAUAGUAUUACCAUUGGGAGACCAGCUUCUCGAAAGCACCAAAAUUGUGCAUCUCGAAAGGUGUCAACUUCCCAGAGACCACACAGCGCUGGAAGAUUCUCCACAGGAUCUACUGUUGGCAUCUUACGAACAGGAGGUCCUGAUACUAGGCUUUAUGAUGGUGCGAGUGACCUUACAUAUGGUGCCAGCAGCAUUUUUUGUGGAAAUCCUGUCACAGCUCUUCGAGCCCGGAGGAAGAAGCAAGGUGUAUCAAGUGAUGGAGCAGCGAACUGGUUCAGUCAGCAUACUCACUUGCCAGAACAUACCUAUGAUUCGCUAGAAAUUGACAGCAGAACCCGAGAUGAUAUUUUUGCGGAGUUGCGGGCUUGGCGGAACGAACACAACAGGCGCUUUGAAGCCAUUUUGAAGGAACAAGAACCACAAGUGUUGAAGAUUGAUCACAAUGAUAAUGAUAUCCUGAGCAUUAGUUCGGGUGACGAGGAGAAGAAGGAUAACUGCUCUGAUGAAUGGAUUGGCUGUGUUUCACCAGAAACUCCUAGCUUGUCGCCUUUAGUCACUUCAUUCCCAAAUUUUCCUUCCAAUGUAGAAAGCUUGCUGGUUACAGACUUUAAUCGAACAUUGUCACCCGUUCCUCCCUCCCCACAAGAAGUGUCUGCAAGAUCACAGAAAGUACUUGAUUUUAGGGUUAGGCAUUUAAGAAGGUCUGUCCAAGCUGAAAGCGAAUCAUUGCAAGAAGGCGAUGAGGACUCUGCUGUGUUUGAAGAUAAAGAAGCUGCGUAUUCACAUGAUGUUAAAUCAAGAAGUAAGCUUGAUGACAGGCUGUCUAUGUACACUGCAAUCGAGAGCCUAAGACCAGGUUCUGGACCAGCUACAGUCGGAUUAAGAAGUGUAAAGUCAAGUGUUGACAGAAGGUCUCAAAAAAUUGACAGUCAUCAGCCAAUAAUUCGUUCAUCUACAAAAACACCUGAGAGGCCUCUCUCCCUGAACUCUGUACGUCCCCUGACUGCUAAGGCUGCGCUUCAGCGUUUGCCAAAUAGACCAUUGCUUCUGCCCAGCAGAGGAAACAAGACAACAAGCUGAUGGCUACAGCAAUUCUGGAAAAUCAGGUCCAAUUUGUGCUCCGUUGUAACUGAAAUCCUUCUCAUUGUAACACUUGAGCAUGGGGAAAGAGGAAUCAUUUCUACUAAACUUGUCUUGCUAAUUUCAACUCUGGUUGUGGAGAGGAAAAGGAUGGGUAAGCCAAUCACACAAUUGCCUGUGUUAUUGUACACCCACACAGCGUUAAUAUAUAAUACUGUUUAAAUGGUUAGCUGUCGUAGGUCUUUACAAACCAACAAAUGUACAGUCACAUUACUGGACUUGCUGCAUAUGCUUCCUAACCCUACUGUACUUUCUGAGGAAGAUUUAAUGGUGAACAUUUUAAAAUGCUGCCAUUUUAAGUGUUAUUCAGUUAUGACAAAAAUCAGAUUGAAAUAACUACAGUGACUUGAAAGCAGACCGGUUACACAAUUGAUUGCACAUUCUCUGUGAAUGUUUCUUGUGGUUUUCUUAAGUAAUUACAUCAGAAUAAUAUAAGUUAAAAUUAACCUCUAGUAUCACUCAUCCCAAGAAACACGCACAUAUAAACAUGUCUACGUGUGUAAAACUUAUUCACAUGUAUACUUGCAGUCUAUGCAUGCCUACAUAUUUGCAUAUUUGCACAAAAUAUUCAUUUGCAAAUAAGUACAUGCUUUCAUUCCCCAUCCUAAGAUUCCAACCAACAAACACAAGUUUAAAUAUUCAUACAUGCACAAACAUUUGAAAAUAUAUACACAUACAUAGACCAAAGCACAUAUGAUGAUUUGCUUUCAUUUCGUGAGAUGGUGGCCGUAUGAAGUUCCCACGCACAACAACAGUGUGGCUGGGUGCAUGCUACAUCCUCUAUUAAGGUUGUGCUUCACUUUGAAGUGUGAAUUAUAUUAAUUUCUAAUGCCCAAGAAGAGCUGUAAAAUUGUUAAUGUGAAUUAACAAGCAGCCUGUGAUAUUCAAGUGUAAAGUAGCUUUGUUUGUAGCAUGCUGCUGACCGAUAGUUCAUGAAAAUUGAAGAGAAUGGUGAAAACAAAAUAUAAUAAAUGCCCUUUGAAGAUAGUGACUGUCGUAAUUUCCCUUUUAAUAUUUAACUAUCUAUAUGUUGUCCUUUUAGUGCUAUUGACAGCUAAUUAUUUCAUCUGGAAUUUUACAGAAGAUUAUCGUUACUCCUCUCUACAAGUGUUCACGAACCAAUUUUGUAAUAAUUAGUAAUUUUAAAGCAAAUAAUUAUAUCCACAGUGCACAACAUUGUAGCAAUGGAUUCCUCUCACUCUUUCAUGGUCAUGUUUUCCCCGUACAUGUAUGGAUUAAACCUUUCUCCAGUUUUAAAAUUUGAUUUAAGAGCCUUUUAAUUGGGAAUGGCUGUCUUCAUGUCACAACUGCACGUUGUACAACAGUGUAUAACCAUUGUCUUUUUCUUGCACACCGAAUCAUUUCACUGGUCCAUGCACAUUAUAAUUACCCAGAACAACCAGCUUCCCAGAAGCCCGAUGCAAAGCUUUACUCUGCUGCCAACUGCGCCCUCUCCUGUUCACUCCAGUGUUUCCGAUAAGAUCAGUUUCAACAAGGGGUCCCAGCAGAUUUCAGUACAAGGUAUGGGACCCAAAACAUUUUCAUGGGCUCACCAAGCAAAAUCUGGACACGAGUUCAGGAAAGCUACUAUGUAAAACAUUUGGUUAAGAACACCUUUCACAAACUUCCAGUAACCAGUGUACAAAUGGGCUCAUUCUUUCAACAUCAGAGAAUCUGAAAACAUUGUAUGUUAUUUCUGUGAAUAACUAGAUGUACAUAUGGAUUACUGCUGUGUAUGUAAUGUAAUUUAUGCCUAUCUAUGCUACAUGUCAUGUCACAAAACACGAAAGGGAACUUGAUGGAGAAUUGUGUUAUAGCUCUAUUUAUUUUUUACUGCAAAUCGUUGGAUUGUCAGUGAUUUAAAAUGAUCAUUUCAUCAUAUUUAAAUAAAAACAAUUGAAUUA